AAAUGAUGUAGCACUCUUUAUCUCCCAUAUAGCAAAAUGAUGAAGACUAUUUAAAACCUAAAAUCCCCGAAAUAACACAACAAAUGCCAUAGUUUUGUUAAUAUUACAAGGAGAAUAUACAAUACCCAUCCUUAAUAUAAACUGUCAGAAAAAAAUAAAUAUUUGAUACAAAAAAUGUUAGCUAUUAAAAUAUUUCACCUUUAAGGUCAAACUAAAUUCAAUUUCGAGUUUCUUAACCAAAAAGUCCAAUAAUUAGAUAACAAAUUGAAAUUCCUUUAUAAUAAAAAUCUCAAACUUAAUUUUUCCAUUAAAUUCCAACUUCAUUGACACCACCAAAAAAAUAAAAUAUGAAUCCUAAUAUAUCUACAUAACAAGCUGUUAUUCCUCAACAUUAAAAUCCUUAACUUAUUCAUAAAAUUCCCUUAAAUGAGUAGAUUAAAUAAAAAAUAAAUAAUUAUUCUAUGAAAAUUUAAAAUCAUUAAGAUUAGGGUUAAUAGGAAAAUAUGAAGGUUGAAUAAAAUUAAAGAGACAUGUAUUUAUGUUUAUAAGAAGAAUUAGAAAAAUCGGAAAUGAAAUUAAAAUAAUUAACUGAAAGAAGCUAAUUAAUGGAAGAAAAACGAAAAUAACUGAGAAAUACUUUUAAAAAUACUACGAAAUAAUUCUAGAAAAAUCUUUGAUGAUGAAUUUUUUG